AUGGAUACCUUGAUCAAGCAGACAAGGAGGAGACAUCCAGCUUCCCAGGAAAAAAAUAGAGAGCCUAUCAAUAUUUUGAUUAAUUUCACAUUAGUGCUGUUCAUAUUCUGUGUUUUGGUAGAUAAGAGGAAGCCCUCACACUGGUUACAGAGGCAGUUCUCGAGGCAAAUGAGUGGCCAAAGUUAUGACCCGAUCGGCGACAUGGAUCACGCAGCUGCAGUUGCAGCCACUGCUUAUGCCAUAAGCACUUUUGAAGAAACUUGGCUAGAGAGUUAUCAUAAUGGCCUUGAACGUGGACCUUCUUUGUCAAGGAGCAGGAGCAGAAGCGAAGAUAAGUUUCCUUCAGAGGAACCAAGAAGCUUAUCAAGAAGAUUCUCAGGACAACUUUCGUUUAGAGAUUCAGAGACGAAAGAUCAAAAACAUCCAACGCCAAAGUCACCAGUGAGAAAGUCAUCGUCGGUCAAAAAGACAUUCUCCAUAAACUUGAGAGAAGACCACACCAAACAGAAUGAAGAUUCAGGUGAAAAACAUGAUGGACAAAGAAAACCAGUUUCUGAACCGCCACGGAUACAACCACCGGUCAGGAUACGAUCAGAACGUCGUGCUCCACCACCGCCUCCUCCUCCUCCUUUUCUAUCACCUCCGCCUCUGCGGCUUCCACCUAGGGAAAUGAAAAGGCAGAGUUCUGGGCAUGCCAGUCGAAAAGAUGAUUCUACAGCUGAUGCUUGGGAAAAAGCUGAACUAGCUAAGAUCAAAGCAAGGUAUGAGAAGUUAAACAGAAAGAUCGAUUUGUGGGAAGCUAAGAAGAGGGACAAAGCUCGAAGGAAGCUGGACAUAUCUGAGCAGAGCGAACAAGAACAGAAGAGGAAGAGAGGUUUGCAGAGAUUUAGAGAAGACACGGAGUACAUCGAACAGAUAGCUGCUGGAGCCAGAGCUCAGGCGGAGAAAGAGAGACAGAGCAAAGAAUUCAAGGUGAAGGAGAAAGCCGGGGUUAUCCGUAGUACCGGUGAACUCCCUGGAAAGGCAUGCUGUUUCUGACAGUAAAACAGAUGGUCCUAGAUAACUGUAGCUAUAUUGUGUGUGUGCGUGAGAGAUUUAUAUGGGUUUCCUUUAAAGAAAGAUGAUAUUGAAAGCCAAAUGUAUAUAACAGAGAGCUCUUGGCAAGCAACAAAGAUAUUCUUAA